AUGGAGAUGUCUACCCAGCGAGAUAAUUCUGGUCCCAACAAAGUUUCAGGAUCAAGUUCUUGCCUAUAUGAUCUCUUAUGUUCAGACGCACCGACUUGGAGAUGCCCAAGUGACCGACGAACACAAUCUGGUCCACAAGAAAGGCUAGAGAUUUUGUUGCAUCAAUCUGCCAAUAGGUCCUGUGCAGAUUGUGGAUCUCUAGAUCCAAAAUGGGUAUCUUUAAGCUUUGGAGUAUUUAUUUGUAUAAAGUGUUCUGGUGUACAUAGAAGCCUGGGAGUGCAUAUAUCAAAGGUUGUAUCAGUGAAGCUAGAUGAAUGGACAGAUGAAGAAGUUGAUAUCUUGGCGAGUAUGGGAGGAAACGUUGCUGUAAAUAAGAAGUAUGAAGCUUGCUUGCCAGAAAAUGUCAAAAAACCAAAACCAGAUUCUUCUAUAGAGGAGCGCUUUUAUUUUAUUAGGAGAAAAUAUGAGCUGUUAGACUUUUUAAACCCCAAUGAACAUAUGUCCUGUCCUUUUCCGCCUUCUCAUAAGAAGUCACCUUCUAGCAAUUCAACCAAUAAUUCUGCCCAAGAUAAGAAACAGUAUGAAAAACAACCAACGAAACAUCGUAUUGGGCAGGCAUUUCGUAACAGCUGGGGAAGAAAAGACUCUGAACAUAAGACUCUGAAGAAGGGCAACUCAAUGCCAAUGGCAGGUAUGGUUGAAUUUGUUGGAUUAGUUAAGGUGAAUGUUGUUAGAGGAACCAACCUAGUUGUACGGGAUGUGAUGACAAGCGACCCCUACGUCAUCCUGGCAUUGGGUCACCAAUCAGUGAAGACACGUGUUAUAAAAAACAACUUAAAUCCAGUAUGGAAUGAGAGCCUGAUGCUGUCAAUUCCUGAACACAUUCCUCCUCUAAAAGUGCUGGUGUAUGACAAAGAUACAUUCACAACUGAUGAUUUUAUGGGUGAGGCUGAAAUUGACAUUCAACCUCUGGUGAGUGCUGCCAUAGCCUAUGAGAAGUCCACGAUCAAUGAGCCGGUGCAGCUUGGAAAGUGGGUAGCCAGCAAAGAAAAUACACUGGUAAAAGACGGUGUCAUCAACCUAGUAGAUGGGAAAGUAAGACAGCAAAUCACUCUCAGGCUGCAGAAUGUUGAGAGGGGUGUACUGGAGAUUGAGCUUGAAUGUGUUCCUCUUAAUCAAUAG